AUGGCUCGGGCUCUCUCACGUGGCAGCAUCAUCGCUAUAAGUCUUUGCAUCGUUGGCGCGGUCGCUCUGAUCACCAUAAUCAUACUAUUCCGGUGGCAGAAAGACAGACGUAGGCAGAAGACGAGGACCCUAAGGACCUGGCGCAAUGGCGUUCAGCCUGGUCAACGGGAGCCAGGACGCUUGAUACCGCUACAGAACUUCUCCCUGAACGACAACUUCGCGGAGGACGCCCAAGCCAUGCGAGGCACCACUAUACCCGGAGAACCGUCUCCAAGGGACACAGAACAAGAUCUCCACACGUCGCAGCAAUACCACGCAGGAAGAGAGCAGCGGGCCAGGCUGGCGGCUCUGGCGACGAACAACUUGACCCUCAACGACAACCUGCCAGUAGAUCGUAUCCUAGGAGCACUAGGCAACGGUGCCGACAUCGCAAAUGCGUCUGAGUCUAACAUUCCUCCCGGUGGCCCAGCCGUUCACCCUGAGUGGGCAGCUCGGAAAGCACUCCAAGCCGGGGAGAUGGAGGCUCAAGGCAAGUCCGAAUCAGAGAUCAUGUGCGCCAGCGAGAUGGAGAGUUCAAUCGCAGGCGCUGCGCCUGUCGAAGGCAGCAGUAUGGCACGCUGGCAGCGCGUCAUGGGCAACCAGGACAGUCAGGCACGUGGAUUGGGUCUUUCAUUCGGACAUCGGCGAACAAACCCCAUCUCGGUUACGAGACUGGCACCUCUGCGGCAAGACUCCGCUGAGUCCACCCCACCGCAACGCAUGGAGAGACCAACCCGCAUGUCCUCGCUCCGACCACCAGAGGCAAGACCAGCACAACAGCCCACGCCGCCACCACUCGCCCGUCUCGGCGCCAAUCGGCAGGUCACUCAACCCUUCUCAGAUGCCUCAGCCGCACCCUCCCCCCUCCGUCCCCAGCGCACCUUCCCCUCCUCGGCAGAGCGCCAAGGCAGCUCGCCACGUCCGGCACGGUACUACUUCGACCUAUACGACGCCGCCAUCUCCCCCCUCUCCCAACCGCUAGGGAUACAAAUCACGUCCGCCACCCCUCGUGCACCGUCCCCGAAUCCCGUUACUCAGCGGAGAGUUGAUCAACCGCAUCUCGAUGAGCGGUAUCUGGAGCCGCAGCCGGCGGACGCGGGCGUGUCGGAGCUGUCGGCGGUUUCGCUGAGUGAGACGGUCUUCCCGAGGAGGGGGGAGAGUGAAUCUGGGUGGGUGGGAACGGAGCUGAGUUUUGACCCGUGGAGGGAGAGGGUUGGUGGUGGUGGCGGCGGUAGGGGAGGGAGAUGA